AUGGCGGUAACAGAAGUGCUAUGUCAAGCUCUGCAAAAGAAAACACAAGACAUUGUUAAUGCCAUGAAUCUGGUCAAGUCCACAAAAGUGCUUCUUCAAGAAUUGAGGGACAAAAAUUGGGUUACUUUUUUUGGAAAUGUUAAAAGUUUUUUUGAUGAACAUGAAAUUGUCCUUCCUGAAUUUUCAGAUCGAUAUAUGAUGGGUACGGGUCGUUCUUGUCAGCAGAAAGACCAUAUGACUAUUGAACAUCAUUACCGCGUUGAUAUAUUUAAUGUUGUCAUUGAUUUUCACCUAUUGGAGCUAAGAAAUCGAUUCACAGAGGAAUCAAUGGAGCUACUUGUGCUUUGUUCAGCUUUCAGUCCGGAUGAAAAUUAUAAAGCUUUUGACAUUGAUUCCCUUUGCAGUCUCGCAGAAAGGUUUUACCCUGAUGAUUUCACGGGGCAAGAGGUAUGUGUUUUAAGAAGCCAACUACAACAUUACAAGUUAGACAUUGACGACAAUCCAGAUUUUGGAAACAUGACUACUGUGGCUGAAUUAUGUCAGCGGUUGGUUGAAACUGGUAAGUCAAAUGCCUAUGAUUUGAUAGAUAGAUUAGUUCACCUUGUCUUGACUCUUCACGUUUCAACAGCUAGUGCAGAAAGGGUAUUUUCAUGUAUGAAUAUUGUGAAAACGGUACCUCGUAACAAGAUGGGUAAUGAGUUUCUUGGAGAUUGUAUGAUAGUCCAUGCUGAAAGAGAAAUUGCUGAAAAAGUGUCAUGUGACUCUAUCAUAGAUGACUUUGCUUCAUUGAGACCACGAAAGGUCCAAUUCAAUGUAGAACCAAAUUUUGCUAUUAUUGCGGAUUCAAGAAUUGUGCAUGCAAACCUGCCUUACCUAGUUGUCGCCGUGUGA